AUGUCUGACACGAAAAACUCAACGUUAAUACAUCCAUUCUUUGUGAAAUACGCUUUAUCAUGCAUAGCAGCAUGUGUUGCAGAAACAGUGACAUACCCACUUGAUUUAACUAAAACUCGAUUACAAAUACAAGGCGAACGUGGUUUAACGACAUAUCGUGGGAUGACAGCGACAGCUUUGGGCAUUGCACGACAAGAAGGAGUUUGGUAUUUAUGGCAAGGUGUUUCUCCAGCGCUUUAUCGUCAUCUAAUUUAUACUGGUUGUCGAAUUACAUCAUACGAACGAAUAAGAGAUGUGCUGGGGAAAAAUGAAGAUAAUACGUUUCCUUUGUGGAAAUCAAUUAUAGCCGGAAUGUCGGCUGGUGGCAUGUCUCAAUUUUUAGCGAGUCCUAUGGAUCGUGUUAAAGUUAUCAUGCAAAUGCAAGGUUUGCGACGUUUAAAGGGCGAACCGAUACAAGUAAAGAAUGUGGCUGAUGCAUUCAAAAAGACGCUUAAAUCGAAUGGUAUUCGUGCACUAUGGAAAGGAUGGGUGCCAAACGUUCAGCGAGCAAUGCUGGUGAAUCUUGGUGAUUUGACAACGUAUGACACAACAAAACAUCAAAUACUCAAACGCACGAAUUUAAAAGAUGGUCCGUUCAUACAUACACUUAGCAGUAUAUGCGCUGGUCUUUCUGCAGCAUUAUUGAGUACACCUGCUGACGUUAUAAAAACAAGAAUUAUGAAUCAGUCGAUUGAUGAGAAUGGAAGAGGUUUAUUGUACAAAUCAUCGUUUGAUUGUCUAUCAAAAACAGUUCAGAAUGAAGGCUUCGCAGCACUUUAUAAAGGUUUUGUUCCAAUAUGGGUUAGAAUGGCACCGUGGUCUUUAACAUUCUGGCUAACAUAUGAACAAAUUCGAAGAUUAUCUCGUGUUCAAAGUUUUUAG